AACCGCCAUGUUGAUUACGUAGCCAGGUAUAUUCUCAUGAGUCAGACUUAUUUUGCUUUCCACAGCACAGGUGUGUUUUCUUUUUUCAUUCUUAAAGACACCUUAAACAAUUAGUGGAAAGAGAUCUACAAUCCCAUUUUGAUGUGAAAAUGAUUCAUAAAAUUAUAAGGAAACAAAGGACUUGGUGAAGUUGCUUUAGCUUGGAUGUUAACUGUUCUUUGAUCAAAGUGAAAUUGGAAUUUUCAUAUACUAGUGAAACUAUUGCAAAACUAGACGAGACAGGAUGAAACCCUUACUGUUGGUGACUAUUGCUCUGCUACAUGUUGGCUACACUUUAUCACAGUGCCCCAGCACAGCAUGUACUUGUGAGACUGUAACCGGCCAGAGCAGGAGAAACAUCAGGUGUGUUGGUCUGACACAGAUCCCGGUUUUCAAUUCCUCUCCAGAAAUUUUCCAGAAAUUGGACAUGGAUAAUCCAAACAAUAAUAUACAAGUUAUUCAAGCCAAUGCAUUCAGUGGAAUAAAAGUAGAAGAAAUUGAUAUGAGUGGCCAAAAUAUCAAAUUACAAAGCAUUCACCCAAUGGCUUUUUUUGGUUUGGAGCAACAUCUAACAAUAGUGAAACUACAGGGUGAUACUGUACUUGCCCCUCCCUUUGUACAACUGAAAAACAUCACUAAUCUUCAAGUGCUUGAGUUACAAUUAUUUAACAUGCCUACUAUUGAAGAAAGUACAGAAUUCAAUUACUUUCCUUAUCUGAGAACUUUAAGGUUAAGAAAUAUGAACACAAACUUUGUUUCAUCUGAAUCUUUCAAAAAUCAGUUACAGGAACUGACCGUUUUUGAAUUUGCAAACAACCAAGUGGCAACUUUUCCAAAGCCUGCUAUAAACAGACUUCGUAAGCUACAACAUCUUUCUUGGGUACACAAUGGAAUGACAACCAUCUCCUACAGCUCGUUUGAUUCUCUGAGUUCUCUUAUUGAACUGGAUCUGAGGGGUAAUGAUAUUAGGGAGAUGUUCAAUGGGAGUUUCAUAGGAAUCACCGAUAGGCUUGAGUUUUUGAGUCUUCAACUGAACAGAAUUACAAAAGAAGCAAUUAUACCAUUAGGCAAUCAUAAUUGGCCUGAACUGGAACAGCUUAAUUUAGGUCAUAUGGUGGCUGAUUUUACAGACAUUCCCAAUGGUUUAUUCAGAAACAUGCCAAAGCUAGCUAACCUUAUGAUGCCUGGUAAUAAAUUGAAAGUGAUUAAAAGCAACGAUUUUCAAGGCCUUGGAAAUAUGCAUUCUCUGGACUUGUCUGAAAAUUGGAUCCACACAAUUCAAAGAGGAGCACUGUCUCCCAUGACUAGGCUGGAUACAUUAGAUCUACGAAGUCAGUAUGACUCAAAUGUUAACAACCCAAUGAAUUUUAGCCUAGAUGCCUUAGAAGGAGCAGAGCUUGCCCUGAAAACCCUACAUAUACAGGACAACCAUUUAAUUGAUCAGUAUGCUUGGAGGGCUAUUGGUGCUAUGAAAAAUCUUGUCAAUCUAGACAUAUCUGGAACUGGACUUUCUGACAUUCCAUCCUUGCUUUUCUACAGUCACAACAAUCUUGGGAGUCUUACUAUGAGAAACAACAACAUGACAGUUCUGAGACAAGAAUCUCUUUAUGGGUUAAAAUAUUCACUGGAGGUCAUUGAUAUAUCUAACAACCAAAUAUAUACUAUUGAAAAAUGUGUUUUUGAAGGAUUUAACAAACUCAAAUUCUUUUUUGCCCCACAGAACUCUUUUGUGUGUGAUUGUAAUCUCUAUGGACUUCACCAGAUUUUGAAAGCAAUACCUUCUCCAGGUUUAGUUAUUUUGACAUGUAAAAAUCCAGCAAAUUUAGCAGGCAAGUCUUUACUUACUUUGGAAACUGGUCAGUUCUGCUCUAAUCCACCAAAUUCUGCUGCUUGUCCAGACUUUACAACCACUACAAUGACCACCUCAACAAUUGGAACAACCUCUGUUGUCCCAUUACCAGAUAUUCGGUUUGGAAUUUCAAGUGAAACAAAAAAUACAAUAGUGAUUUCUUGGACAGUCAGUGGAGAUAUGACUUAUCUAAAGAACUUUUUGGUGCAAUAUAAACAGUUAGGCAUAAACAAUCCUCAGGAGAAAAGUUUUCCUUUGGACAAAUCCAAAAGGGAUCAUCCCAUAACUGGACUUAACCCCGGGUCUCGCUAUGAGAUCUGUUUCUUCAUUGAAUUGACAGGAUCAUCAAAACAAAUCCUGAUAUCCUGUCCAACAGGCACUACCCAAGGUUCCUUAACAGAUGUUGCCACAACAGAAGCCAACACUGGUUCAGAUGAUAAAACAGUUGAAAUAGUGGGGGGUGUUCUUGGAGGUGUUUUAUUUAUAGCUCUCAUCGUUGUUUUGUUAUUUGUUUUCGUCAUCUGUAGGAAGAAAAAGGAAGACAAACCACCGCUACCUCUACCCAAUGGUCAUAUCACACCCAUUGGAUAUCAAAACCAGCCACGUCCAACCAGUCAACCCAAAGUGUUUGUGAGGAAAGCCAAUGGUGAAAUGCAAGUUAUGACCAUAUCCAAUGGGAACCUUGAUUCGUCAAGAUUAUCAGGGUUAUCUGCAGGAAGUUACCAAAACAUUGAUGACACAGCAGUAAGCAAUGAUCCCUAUCCAACAAAAGGGGCCACAGGUGGGGGAGGAGGAAGAGACCCCAAACAGCUAAGCGUAAAACUUCCUCCAGAACAUAAGCCUGAGGGUGGGUCUCGAGAUGCAGGUCGAUACACUGUAAUGCCUACUGCCCCAAAACCUAACUAUGUGAAUGAAGUCAACAGAAUGAUGGCUCCAGCAGACCACUACACCAAUGCCGUGGAGACUCGACCCCUCCCACAGACCCCAAACAGAGACCCUAUGUCCCAUUCCUCUGGGGGUGGCUUCCUAAAUCAUGGAUUUUCAUCGAGUCCCACAGACAAAGUGUACAGUGAGAUUCAAGAUAAUAUUGAAGCACCACAAUUUGAAGAAAAUAUUGGAACAGUGGUGUAAAAUCAAAUACAUUGAGAAAUGGAGUUUACCAAUAUUUGUGCUAUUUCCAUAUGGAGCUGUGUGUGUACCAAUGGAUUCCUAUGGUAUUGAUAUUCCAGUGGUUGUGGAUGGAUACAAAACAAAUGGGGGUCAAUUUUAACCCUCCAAUAAACUUCUUCCCAUCCCUUCCAAGUAAAACAUGUACUGGGUACAUGGGAGUGUCAACAAUAAUGAGUUGAAAAUGUUUCAAAUUAUAUUAUGUCUGUGGAUAAUACCUUUUUCUCUAUUCAAAACUCCACCAUAAAUAGCUUAAAGGUUUCAUAAGCAAUUAAGUUAAUACCUGUAUUUCAUAUAGUAUCAUUGAUAUUCAAAUUCUAAUGCAGUAAUGAAAAAAAAAAGAUUUACAAUCAAGUCCAAAAAUCAAUUUGCUUUUUUCAUAAUAUUAAUUAAACACAUAGAAUUAUAAGACUUUUUAUUCAAUAUAUUAAAACCUUUAAUCAGCUGCUUUAAUCUUUAUUAAACUAGAGCAUAAUAAAUUAUUGUCAUAAAGACACAUUUUUGUCUUCACAUAAAAAAUGCUGAAUAUACCAAAAAAAAUUACAUUUCAAACUGUUUAUACCAAAGCUGAUCAAUUUACUAUGAAAAUUGCUGAUUGCUCUUACAUGUACAUGCAGGUACAAAUAUAUUACUUUUGAAAUUAAAUUUGUUCUGGGGCUAGAAUGUUACUUAAUAGAGACAACAAAAUAGGUUGAAAUCUAAAUGUUGUGCAUUUUAUUCAACAUUUAAAAAAAAGAAAAAAUACAUGAAGAAGUUGCGAUGAUAGCAAUGAGUGUUAUUCAACGGCUAAUUACACUUGAAUGAACUAUAGUUACCAGUAUAUUAUGGUACAUAGCUUAAUUACACUUUAUAUUGACUGUUGUAAAACAAGCGAAUUGUGGUAAUACCCCAUUUUAAACUAAUUCUUCAACGUCCUAUUACCUUAUUAUACAAGAAUCAUGGUGCUUAUAAUGUGUACAUAUCUUAGAACAGUAUGCAAGUUGUGUAAGGAUUAUAUGCAAAAAUAUUAAUGUAAAAAUAUGUGUGCGAGAGGAUCUUAAUUUCUAACAACAUUUCUCAUCUCAAAAACUUCAUGCAAAUUAUGCGAUAUAUUUAUAUGCAUUGAGUAUAAAGCAGUGGUGGAUCCACGGUUUUACGGGGCCUGGAUCUCCCCUUGUUUAUUCCUUGAUACAUGGAUGUAUCUAAACUAGAAUCUGAAAGGCUCCGUUUAUGAGGCAAUUUCACUUUCACUUCACGUCAAACCCACUUUCAUGUCUAUAUAUAUUGAGUAGUCUUCUUGACUCUUUUAACAUUAUCUAUGUACAUUGUACAACUAUACAUGUUUAUGCAACAAUGUCCGAAUUAUGUCAAGGAAAAGAUACCACUUAGCAAAUUAUGUCCUUGCUAAACCAUUGUGACACAUUAGAAAUCGAUCCGUCUUAUUCUCAUUGCUAAUUAGUUCUGAUAAUUAGAUAUUCAUUCUGUUCAUUGGAAAAAAUAUAUAUUUCAGAGAAAAAACUGUAUUUCGUUAAACCAUGAAGAAGGUUCACCAUGAAGAAUGCCUGGUGUGUUUGUAUGUGUGUGUACUGUGAGAGAUCGAGAGAGUUUAUCUGUGUGUGAUUCGUGUAUUGUUGGAUCUCUGUCCCCCUUUGUGAUACUUCAAUGUCAUUCCAAUGUUAACCCUACCUGUCCAGACUGUUAUGCACUAUAUAACUAUAUAUGUAUACAUAUAAAGUCUACAAAUGUUGUCAAAGGUAGAGAAUUUAUUACUCUGUACUUUUUUACAAUAUUAUCAAAGAAUUUCAUGUUAUCUACGUAAUAUUAAAAGUCUACAAAACCUAG